AUGGUUCGUGUCGCGAUUGCGGGUGGUACCGGAAAUGUUUCUGCCGAAAUAGUUCACAUUCUCGGUCAGUCCGGAAAACACGAGGUCGAAGUUUUGACCCGCUCAAAUACGCCCAGGCAUGCCGUUAAAGGCGUCAAAUUUGUCCAAGUAGACUAUGGAGAUAGAGAUGAUCUUCGAAGCAAACUUAUAGGGGUGCAUACCGUACUCUGUUUCAUUGGAGGCAUUGAGAUGCAGAAGCGCAUCAUCGACAUUUGCGUCGAAGCCAACGUCAAGCGCUUCGCUCCAAACGAAUGGGCAAGUCGGAGCUACUCUGGCUCGUUUUCCUUCGAAGACAAAGACAUAGUCUAUAAGUACCUGAAAGAAAUCAACCGCGAAAAGAACGUAUGA